UCAAUGGUAUCUGUGAAUCUUCUAAGCAAGUUGUUUAACAUGAACAUAGUUGUGGCACUUGUUGUGGUUCUUGGCUUGUGGAGUAGUAGUGGGGUUGGAGCUGCACCACAAGUACCAUGCUACUUCAUCUUUGGAGAUUCUUUGGUGGAUAAUGGGAACAACAAUGAGCUCCAAUCUUUGGCCAGAGCUAAUUACUUGCCUUAUGGGAUUGAUUUCCCUGGUGGACCUUCUGGAAGGUUUUGCAAUGGAAAAACUACUGUUGAUGCAAUUGCUGAACUUUUGGGAUUCGAUGAUUACAUACCUCCCUAUGUAUCAGCCAGUGGCGAAGACGUACUCAAAGGAGUCAAUUAUGCAUCUGCAGCUGCUGGAAUUAGAGAGGAAACUGGACAGCAACUGGGAGGGCGCAUUAGUUUUAGUGGGCAAGUGCAAAAUUACCAAAACACAGUGUCCCAGGUUGUGAAUAUACUGGGAAAUGAGGAUUCAGCUGCAACUUACUUGAGCAAGUGCAUUUAUUCAAUUGGAUUGGGUAGCAAUGAUUACCUAAACAACUAUUUUAUGCCUCAAUUCUAUUCCAGCAGCAGGCAGUACACAACAGAGGAGUAUGCUGAUGCUCUUAUAGAAGCAUACACUGAACAACUUAGAACUCUAUAUAACUAUGGAGCAAGGAAAAUGGUGCUGUUUGGGAUUGGUCAAAUAGGUUGCAGCCCUAAUGAAUUGGCCCAAAACAGCCCAGAUGGUAAAACAUGUGUGGAAAAAAUCAAUACUGCAAACCAAUUGUUCAACACCAAAUUGAAAUCUGUUGUUGAUCAAUUCAACAAUCAGCUUCCUGAUGCAAAAGUCAUUUACAUAAACUCUUAUGGUAUAUUUCAAGAUAUUAUAAGCAACCCUUCAGCAUAUGGUUUCAGUGUUACAAAUACUGGGUGCUGUGGGGUAGGAAGGAACAAUGGUCAAAUCACAUGUCUGCCAAUGCAAACUCCAUGCCAAAACAGGAGGGAGUAUCUGUUUUGGGAUGCUUUUCAUCCCACUGAAGCUGGUAAUGUGGUUGUUGCUCAGAGAGCUUACAAUGCUCAAUCUGCAUCUGAUGCUUACCCUAUUGAUAUCCGUCGCUUAGCUCAGAUCUGAACAUGAUCUAGCUAGUGGCUAUAAGAAACUAUGUGACAACCACAUUUAAUGUUCUUGGAAUGUGUUA